AUGCCAAAGGGCACAGAAGCAAUGGGUAACAAGCAGGAGAUCGGGAAGCUGCUGUCCAAUCCUGGGUCUUAUCCGGUGCGGGUCUCCUACUUCCCGCAUCCGGCCUUCAAGUUCGUGCGUCCGGGGAGAGUGCCGGACAUCGAAGUCGCGCGCACUCCUUUGAAGUUCGUCCAAGAUGCCCUGGCAGAGCUGGAUGGGAACAUAGACAACGUCAAGCACACUCUCACCAAAGGAGGACUACCCUUCUCCUUCUGGGGAAUGCUGAAUCUGCUUUGGAAGAGAGAGGACCACUACUUUCAGACCGGCGACGACCUACAGGAUGCCUUGGAGUGGGAAAUGCUGGUGCAGAAGUACGGCCCGCACAUGGAAGGCUACUUCCUGCUCACCAAGAAGACGGGCCCAGGCCAGGAGCUCCCGCCCUCAAAGUUUGAAGGGGGUGCAAAGCUUGGCAAACCAAACGAAGCACAUCGAACGACCAUGGGCAGAUCGAUGUGCUGGAAUACCUCUUUGGUGGAUAGUAUGCUUUACCUCUUCCGGCCAAAGCUGGCAGCUCAGUUUCCGUCGAUCAGUCGCGCAGCAGGCACGCGUGGCAGUUCGUCCGAGUUGAUGCCCGAGGACACUGCCGCCGAGAUGCCGGGACAAGAGAGCUGGAACUAG